GUUAAAAUGAAGAGGAAAUAUAGAAAAUUAAUUUGUUAUAGAAAGAGGAUUGCAAGUGUCAGUUUAUCUCACAAACCCUAAUUUUUUAUCCCGCCGGAGGAGGGAGAAGAAGAGACUCAAAAUCAAUCAGUAGAAAAAAGAUUUAACAAGCACAAUGUUGGAAAAUGAAGCAUAUCUUAGCAAGACCACACACCUUCCAAGGAAGCGUUUCUUUCGAGCACGAGCCCACAGCAACCCAUUGAGUGAUUCCCAUUUCCCAGUUCCAAUUUCUCCUUCUCAUGUUGACUACUCCCUUCACUAUCCUCAGCUAGUUGUAUCGUCUGAUACAACUAGUUCAAAAAAGGUCGAGUUUGCUGACAUCGGUUGUGGUUUCGGAGGACUUUUAAUUAGUUUGGCAACUCUUUUUCCUGAGACAUUGAUGAUAGGAAUGGAACUGCGAGACAAAGUGACAGAGUAUGUUAAGGAACGUAUUUUAGCUCUGAGGAAGGCUAACCCUGGUCAGUACCAGAAUGUGUCGGUAGUUAGGACCAAUUCCAUGAAAUACAUCCCAAACUACUUUCAAAAAGCCCAACUCUCAAAGAUGUUUUUCCUUUUUCCUGACCCUCACUUCAAAGAGAAGAAUCAUCGCCGUCGUGUGAUCAGUCCUUACUUGCUAGAUGAAUAUGCAUAUGCUCUUCGAGUUGGUGGUAUUAUAUACACAAUAACAGAUGUGGAAGAACUUGGAGAAUGGAUGAACUCGUGUUUGGCAGGGCAUCCUAUGUUUGAAGCUCUUACGCAGAAAGAACUCGAAGCUGAUCCAGUGGUAAAGCUACUGAGCUCGGCAACUGAGGAAGGGCAAAAGGUUUCACGAAACGGGGGACAAACAUUUCAAGCAAUAUAUAGACGCAUUACACCUAUAAGCUAGAAAUAAUCAUUUGAAAGAUCAAGGUCAAUUUACAUGGCUGUUAUGAACACCUUGUGAUGUGGCACUAGAUUGAUAUUUUACCCAUCUUUGGGGUUUUUUUUGUUAAGUUAUCUUCUUGUUUCAUUCUUGCCGCCAUAUGACUUAGGCGGAUAAGAUAAUGUUUUGUAAUCUUUGUUUACUAUUAUAAACUCUGAUAUUUACUUUCAAAACUCUUGGCGAAAA